AUGAGUCCGGGUGUGAGCGGAGGGGAUCUGAUGGGUGAAACCCUGCUCAGUUAUUGGGAUCGCGGGCCAAAGACGGUCCUCGACUUGGUUUUAGGAGUCUGUGAACGAAAACUCCACUCUCGGAUCAUGGAUUUGUCUGCGGCAGACCUGCUUCUGGAGCCGGAGCGGAGCAAGGCUUUCCUGUUUUCCAGGAACACAGAGUCUCCUUCCAGUGACACCCAGUUGAACGGAAAGCCAGGCCUCCCCGUGGCCAAAUGCCUGAGCCAGCUGAGCCUGACGGUGCCCGCCCCCCUCUACCAGCGCAGCAGCUGCAGCAGCAGCGAGCUGUCCCUGUCCAGCGCGUGCAGCGAGUUCUCCAGCGGCUCCUACACCUGGAAUGAUGGACGCUCCUGCGGGAAAAUGUCCUCGUUAACAUGGGAGAAGAGGCUGAGUUUAGGUUCGUCGGCCCCCAGUAACAUCUGUGCAACCCCGGAGGAGCAGCCGCCAGCGAGACGCAAGGAGAGCAACAUUCUCGAGGGCCUGAGAAAGCUCCAGAGGAGGAGACAUAGGAGCUCCUCCUGCUCGUCCAAGGUCUCCAAAUCUGGCUACAAGGACUGCAUGAACUCCAACGAGGGCAUUUACUCGCUGGGUGUCAAGGGCAGCAGUAAGGGGGUGUCUAAGCCUACCCCCGUUAGCAGAACUUCCGCUGCGCGGGGGAAGCAGUUCUCGUUCGAUUCCGAUGAUGCCGAUGAUGAGUUGGCUCACUCCAGCAGCAGAGAUAACAUCCCCACCAGGGACAGCUGGGUCCACUGCAAGAGACUCUCGCAUAGCAUCUCAGACAGCCUGUGCAGCUGGGAGGGGACGCAGGAAAAUGGAGCCGGGGGUGACGCCACAUCAGGUCCCGCCGACCCAAAAGGCCCCCCUGAGUGUGACUCCAAAGAGCGUCCGGAGAAGCUUGUGGGUCUCCUAAGCAGUUUUCUCUACGACGGAGGGCGGAGGUCCGCUUUUCACAGACCGUCCUUGCGGCACUUCACUCCUCCAGACCCAGAUUGUUCCAAUCGCCUCCGUGAUGUGGAUGAUCCACGAGAACUCAACCCUGCGUCCAGCGACGCCCGAAUGCCCUGCAGUCAGCCAUUGGAGCAGGCAGAGAGGGAUUUCCAGAGGCUGUCCAGGGAUACCGCCAAGCUCCUCAAACAACAAUAUUUGCGAAGAGACCAGGGUCGCACCCAGUCUGCAGAUGGGAGGCUUAGGCCUUUUAGUCUACUGAAGGAGCCCAAAGAAGCCAAGUGCACCCAGUCUGAGGAGAGCAUAUUGGCUAUAUUUGACGCAGAAGGAGAGGCUAUUGACUUGAAUGCUCAGAGGCUCGAGGUGGGUGCAGUUGUCGGCCACGAUCGGAUUGUUGCCAGUUACAUGGAACAGGUCCAACAUGAGAGGCCAACGAGGCAAAGGGCGUCAAAUACGAGAAACUACUCUGUUCUCGAAUCUCCGGAAAGACCCCCUGAAUACCAGCCUGGGUCCAGCAGACUAAACAGUCGUAGGGGAAGUACGGAGAGGCUGUCGAUGCAGUUUACUCCUCAGAGGAAACUAAUCAAGCCACCAAGCAGUCGGGCUAAUAAAGGCCACUCCAUCCCUCCCAUGAAUGAAGCUGCAGGUUCCAAAUCAAGCGGCUCGAAGAUUCCUGGUCGUAACAAACCUUCGGCGUCCCCACUAAGACUAUCUAAGGGCUGUAACGCCGAUUUAGGCAACAGUGGAAACUCAGGUCCCUCCACUCAGGAGAAAUCCCCCUCUUCUCCUGCUGUGAAAAUGUCCAGGUUCAUCAAGACUCAAGGAACGUGCACGCAAAGUCCAAAGACUGUGAACGCCAAGCUCCCGAGCAGGGCCGAAUGGAGCAAAGGCUCGUCGUCCAGUUCCCCCCAACUCUCAAGGAGGCACCUGGAGUACGGUGACAGUAGUGAGCAGCCGACCCGAGACAAACACUGUGAAGCCAGCAAAACCAAACUCAGGUCUCCUUCUCCUCCCCCUCCCCCUGGCCGCACCACCUCCUUACUUAUCAGACCAAAUUACGAGGGGUCGCCUCAAGCACAUAAAACAGGGGUGGCUCAACCAUCCACGCCGACCACUGUGAGGGGCCCUCCCCCAAGUUACCACAACUCACUGGCACCAAAUAUGCAAGCCACGCUACCCAUUAAGGACAAAGACUGUUUAGAGUUAGAUGCAGGCUACGGGACUGCACUUGCACCUCAGAAGCUGGUAGACAAAACCAGUCAGCACCUUCAAAAGUCCCCUGCCGCGACUCAGACACCGACAAAAGGCACUUCCAAGCGGACAAAAGACUACCUCCCCUCUGCAAACUCAGGGUGCGGCAGAGAACCUGAAAAUGCACCUCGAAGCUCAAAGAAUGUCCCCCCUCCUUACAGUGCUCUCAGGGGCCCCUCCCUCCAGAACUCAUUUGCAAACAGGAGAGGCCAGGCUGGUGACAAUGUCCACCAGUCAGUGCAGAAGGCCUCGGUCAGCUUACCCAUAUCGCUUCAGGACAGCCCUCAGUGUCAGACAGACCCACAAAGCGGUCAGUCAGCAGUCAGCCCCCCCACGUCAGCUGUUUUGUCACCUAACCUCGCGGACAAAGCCUCAAAGACUCGCAUCCCAAUGGGUUUUAAAGCCUUUUUAAAGUCUCCCCCGAGUCACAAAAGUAGUUCCUCUGUUGCAGACAAACAAAACAAAGACCAUAUCAACUCUGUCUCGAAGGAGACCGUAACUUUAAACGUUUCCACCCAAUGCGAUGGCCUGCAGGUUGCAUACACUGUCGACUCCCCCAAAGGUGAACCCCACAGUGUACACCAGGAAGAGGGGGGGCAUGCCCCUCAGAUGGCAGAAGAAGGGGAUGCUUGCAAUAAGGGGAAAAGGGGUAGUCAACUUUUCAGUAGGUCCAUAUCUGUUACCACCAAACCUCAUCUAAAGCCGGCUUUAGGAAUGAAUGGGGCCAAAGCUCGUAGCCAGAGUUUCAGCACCAACUACAUAGAGAAACCCAACAUCGGUGGGCCAGAAGGACCCGGAAGAGUAAGAACUCAGAUCAUAACCAACUCAGGUGAACGAGGGAACUCUCUAUCAAGACAGAGUUCUUCAGAGGCAGCCGCCGUUGGACUGGCCGAAAGCCCGAUCCAUUCCCCCAGAGCCAGGCUUAGCCAUUAUGGAGGCAUGACAGGUCCUAGCGGCUUUCAAGAGAAAACUCCCAGACUCGAACCAAAUGGAGAGGGGUCACAGGACGGGUGGAAAGGGGAGGGAGUUGCUUCACCUUCUCGAAAAGAAGCACGCAGUUUGCCCGCGAAGGAAAGAGCUGGUUUGAACAACAUCCGAAAGCCAGAAAAAGUGGCCUCCCAUCCACAGUUUCAGCCUCCGUCCUCUUGCGUCUACAACCUGGAAAGCGCUGCCAGAGAAACGGAGGGCGUGGCGACCACCUCUAAUAACGAGCCGGCCAAAACCAAACUGGACGUACCGAACACACCCCCGGAUGCGGAGGAGAAGAAAAACACCGCAGCGGCAUGCACUAUCGAAGAGAAAGUCAUGAUGGGGAUUGAAGAAAACUUGCAAAAAUGUCAAGAGCAGGAGAAAGUCGCCGCCAGCGAGGCCAAACAGAAAACGGGCCCCUCUCUGGCCAACUGGUUUGGCCUGCGCAAGAGCAAACUUCCAGCUUUGGGCGGCAAAAAGGUGGACUCGCCCAAAGGCAAAGAGGAGAGGAAGGACCUGAAGAUCGGAUCGGUGCUCGGUGGCAAACAGCCCAAGUCGGACAAGAAAAAGGACAAGAAAAAAGAGAGCCAGGAGGCGCAGAACCUGUCUGAGAUGAACAACAAGCUGAGCUCCAUCAUGGACCACUGCAACAACCAGAUGGAGCAGAUCGCCACUCAGAUCCAGUGCACGACUGCGCUCAUCGGCAAGGACCAGUUCGUGAAAGAGUUCCUCGGCAGGACCGCCGUGAAGGCCGGCUCUGUGGCCGGAACGCCGCCCGCCAUCUCCACGCCCAAGAAGCAGACGAAGGGAGACGUGCAGAUCUGCGCGGACACCGCUACCCUUAUAGUGACUCAGAAGAUCAACCUGAAGGCAGAAAAUGAGCAGGGACUGACGGAUACAUCUUGUCAAGACCAUAUGAUAGGCUCCGGCUGUCAGAUGAGAACCCUGGACAGCGGUAUCGGCACCUUCCCCCUCCCUGAUUCUGUAUCCCGGGCCGGCGGACGCCACAUCCCCAAAUCUGAGUCCAGCCCGGACGGGGUGGCCGCAGGCUCCUCCCGGCUCCCCUCUUUCCACCACGACCCCUCACACCCCCAUGUGAAAGUGCCUUCCCCUCCAAAAACCCACCCGCACGCCCCCACCAGCAGCAUAGGUCACUCCCUGUCCGACCCCGCCGUGACCUGCUGUCCGAACGCCCAGGACACCCAGAGCCGACUGCCCAAGCUGGCGUCCUCAGAUGCCAUCAGGACAAAGAGGCUGAGCUUUUGUGCCCAACGCAGCAGCUUCUCACGCUCGACCGAGGACAAAGAGAGAGAAGCGGAGAGGAAGACGAAGAUCCCGGACCUUGAUGCGUGUGGCGAGAGGGCCUUCCAAGUGUGCACGUACUCGGGAAGCAGCAGCGACACCGAGACCGAGCCCGACGGGAGCUCUCUGGCCGACCGAGCCAGGACGGCCGACUCUGCCGAUCAGAACGAGGACACCCUGAAGAGCCGGAGUGCGGAGAAGAAAGCCCUGUCCAUCAUGGACUGCUACCAGCACGACAAGGAGAUGGCCAUGGAAAAGGCGCCCCUGGGUCCCGGCGGCCUGGCAGCUUCCCUGGACAUCUCGCUGGAGUCCCUGAACAGGCUGAACAACGGCGGCCCGUAUGCGUGCGCCGAUCCGGGGGCGCCCAGAGGCGAGCCCCCCCCCGCCUGCUCCGGCUUGGCGGGCAGGCCCGGGGCGGACCCGGCAGGCUCCCUCAGCGACUCGCUGUACGACAGCUUCUCCUCCUGCACCAGUCAAGGCUCCAACGGC